GCGUCUGCCUCACGCCAAGGGAGAGAGAGAGAGAUCUAAUCGGUGAUUUUUGUUAUUCGGAGAGAAAAGAGAAGAAGAGAGAUUUGAUCAGAAUGAGUGGCGUCGACGGAAACAACGGUGGAGAGAGACGCAAGGGGUCGGUGAAGUGGUUCGACACCCAGAAGGGGUUCGGCUUCAUCACACCCGAAGACGGUGGUGACGAUCUCUUCGUUCAUCAGUCCUCCAUCAGAUCUGAGGGAUUUCGUAGCCUUGCCGCCGACGAAUCUGUCGAGUUCGAGGUUGAGGUCGACAACACCGGACGUCCCAAGGCUGUCGAAGUGUCCGGACCCGACGGCGCUCCCGUUCAGGGAAAUAGCGGCGGUUCAUCUGAGGGACGCGGUGGUUUUGGUGGUGGAAGAGGUGGCGGACGUGGUGGCGGAGGCCGCGGAUAUAGUAGCGGCGGUGGUGGUUACGGAGGAGGUUAUGGUGGUGGUGGCCGUGGCGGAGGUGGUGGUGAUGGCGCUUGCUACAAGUGCGGGGAACAAGGUCACAUGGCGAGAGACUGUUCUCAAGGUGGUGGUGGAUACGGUGGAGGUGGAUACGGUGGAGGCGGUGGUGGAUACGGAGGAGGUGGCGGUGGCGGUAGGUUCGGCGGUGGAGGAGGUGGCGGAAGCUGCUACAGCUGCGGAGAGUCGGGCCAUUUCGCAAGGGACUGCACAAGCGGCGGUCGUUAAAGCAAAACAACUUCAAGGCGGUGUUCAAGGGUAAAUCAGUCAUCUCACACAUGAAAAGACGAUCCUCUUUCUCGCCGCCUGCUAUCAAUAUCUAUCUUUUUCGUUAUUUUUUUGGUUAUUUAAUCUUCGUGUUCAUCUAUGUCUUGGAAUUAUUAGGACUCGUUGUUAUGGUUAUUAUGGUUAUGGUUAUGGUGCUUGUGAUGGAUUUUAGCUGUUGGAUUGUUAUUGCAUGUUUAUCAAACUUUUGCUUAUGCUCUAUAUUCCAAGCCUUCUUUACUA